AGAAGAAGUUCCGACCAUAGAACAUUCUAUUAAAGUGAAUGGUAAAAAAUGGGACACCUUGAGAAUAACUGUAAAUUUUUCAAGAAAGAGAAGCGGUUUUCAAUGAGAUUCCUGCUCCUCUUAGCCCUUGUCCUGGCAGAAGCUUGUCCAAAUCAAAUUCAACCUUCUGUCGCCCGUCGCGACGAUAUUGAGGAAGUAGUGCACAAUAAGUUGCGCCCAAGGACUAUCACAAAAACCGAUACCAUCAGAGAAAUUCAUAUCGAUGUCAGCGGACUGCACUCAUCGCCCUCAAAGAUGUCUCCCCUCAGAGAUUCUGAGACUUUUGAAAUGAGGGCCGAGAACCAAAAUGGGUAUUGUGAAAGUGGAUGGACUUACUUUGAGAACACUAAUUCUUGCUAUAAGACCUUCUUCCACCAAAACUGGACCGCUGCUGAGAGCUUCUGUGUUUUGCUCGGAGGACAUUUGACUUCUAUUCAUACCCCCGAAGAAAAUUCAUUUGUAUCUCAUCUGUCAAAAGCAGGUGUCAGACGAUCUUACUACACAAAGGCGACCUGGAUAGGCCUGCAUCAAGCAAGUUAUCCAAGUAGCAAGGAAUGGACGUGGACUGAUGGCACAAAACUUGACUAUUCACCAUUUGCUCCUGGCGAGCCGAAUAACUUUGAAGGACGUGAACAGUGCGCACAGCUCUACAGCGACGAGCCCUAUUCUGAGCAAUGGAAUGAUUGGUUCUGCGAUACCAAGAUGAGGAACUUCGUAUGCAAGAAAAAGUCACACCCUCUUUUUUAAAGUGACAGUCUUUUGCAUUUGAUGAUUUUGUCAUUUGAGGCUCUUGAACAAUGUGCAAAUGGAAUAUAAAGUUUGCUUUAACAA